GUAUUUCACGAUUUUAUUAUCGAUUGAUUCAUUAUAUUAUAAUUAUUGCAUCAAUGUCUUUAUUAUUCUUAUUUGUUUAUUAUUCAAAUCAAUUAUAUGAUCUGGAAGAAACACAGAAAAAUUAUGUAAAAAGAAUUAUACAAUUAUCCAUAGCUGAUCCGAAAAACAAUCAUCUCUUAUGUUGAAUGUAAAUGAUAUUCAUCAACAAUUGUUACAGAUUUAUCAUCAACGAUCCUUAUUUCUUAUUUCACCAAAUACAUCUGUCAGAUUAUCAUCAUCAUCAUCAUCAUUUCAGCAAUUUUGGACGUUAGCUAAUAAUUUCAAUCUAUCAUUUCGUAGUUUUGAAGGAUGGAAAAAUUCGAAUUCGUUUGUCAUACAAAUCGAACAAGAUUUUCCACAAUCAUUUUUCGGCAAAAUUCUGGACUACCAUUUAAAUGUUGUAUCACGUAUUGAUCAAAUUCUUCGAUUAAAUUAUCCACAGAAUUUUACUAUGGAUUAUUCAAUCAAUCAACGACGGCAACAAGGAUGGACUACUAAUUUGAAGCUUGCCGAAUUCCAUUCAAUAACUUAUCUAAAUUUCGGUGGAACAAUUUGUGACUCAAAAUCAUUGGGUCUUGAUUUAUCUGCCCUAAUAUUUGUGAUAACCGCUCCAAAUGAUUUCUUAUUACGUACUCAUAUCCGUCAAACAUGGGCAAAAAAAUUUAUUGAAAAUACUCAACAAAUAAGAUUAUAUUUCGCUAUUGGUCACUCAAAAUAUCCAGCUCAUCAAGCAAUGAUUGAACAAGAAUAUUCACUAUAUCAUGAUCUAAUUCAAUGGCCAUUCAUUGAAAGCUAUAGACGUUUGACAAUCAAAUCAUUAGCUAUUGCUCGUUGGGCUUCAAUAUACUGUCCAUUGAUUCAAAAUAUCUAUAAAGUUGACGGAGAUUCAUUGGUUAAUUAUGAAAAUUUCAUGAAAUUUAUUUCAAAGAUUAUGCAGAAUAAAAAUAGAAUUCUCGAUAAUUAUUAUCCAAAGUUAUCUGUGUAUGGUAAUAUACGGGCUUCUUCACGUGCAAUACGAUUUUGGUCAAAAUUUGCCACAUCUUUUGAAGAUUAUCCCUACGUUUAUUAUCCCAAAUAUACCGAUGCUAAUUGGAUGUUAUCUGGUCUUGGAAAUUCGCUAUUGACCUAUGCUACCGGUGUAUUGGAUACGAUGCCUGCUCUUCCUUGGGAAGAUGUUUUCCUUACUGGUCUAAUUCCUCAUAGAAUGAUUAUAAAGUAUCGAAUCAAAUAUGAAUAUCAUCAUUUUCCAGGAUAUAAUGAUCGAAUAAAAGCUGAAAACAUUAAUCUAUGCUAUUUUAAAAAGUCGAUAAUUUUCACACAUAAAUUUAAUAAUGAAAAUCUACCACGUGUUUGGAAACCCGUAUUCACGGUUGACUGUUCUAAACCAGGUUUGACGUUAAAUGAUACAUUUUCGUUGGGUAUCUUCGAUGGUCAGAUUAUGCAAUACACCUUUAGCGAUUCCUUUGCCAUUUAUCCAAUUCGAAAUACAGAUGAUUUUUUUCAUUUGGCCAAUGGAAAAGUAACGAAAUUUGCUCAACUAUAUCCAGUGCUCAUGUAUGAUAAAGAUUUUAAAGUAAUCUUAGAAAAAGGAGGAGAAGAAAAUCGAAUAAGUUUUUGUGUUCAACAAUCAUUAAUGGAAGCAUUGUAUAUAUUUCACGUAAUAUUUAAAUCAACUCAUGAAAUUGUAAUUCAAUCGAGCACAGGAAAUAAUUAUUACUUUAUCGCUGAAGAAUUGACAAAUGAAUAUAAACAUGACAAGAUAAUAGCAAUCUGGACUGCUGAUAAUGAUGCAAGCAUUAUUAUAAAUCAGAUAAAUUUUUUGAUCAUAACUAUUGAUGAAAAGAAAAAUCAAACAUUUGUAUUUGAUUCGUUAUAUUUGAAUAGAAAACCAUAUGGAAUGAUUUGUUUUGUUGAAGAUUCUUAUCGAUCUAAAAUCCGUCUACAAUCAAUCGAUGGAAACGUUACAUGUCAUUCAACAGCAUCAAUAAUGUCUACUAUCGAUUUUGCAUAUAUGGCCUAUGGAUAUGUAUAUUUAGGAUCGAUUUUGACACAAAAUUUAUAUCAUUUCGAUCAAUCAUUGUUUUAUUCACCAAACAUAGUGACAGAUUUUUUGAUAAAAAAUUUCAAAGACAUUUUUACUUGUACAGAAUCUGAUGAAUUUCAAAAUCAAGAUAAUAAUAAUGUAAUGGCAUCUAAAAAACGAAUUACAAGACCAAUAAUUGAAGAACAAAGUUGGCUUAUUAAUUUUGAUUAUAAAAUUCUUUUCAUUAUCAGUAUAUUUGUUUUGACUGUUUUUACGGUGGAAUCGGUUGAUUGUUCACAAUCUGGAUAUUCGUUGGAUGAAACUUUAUCGAUGGGCAUAUUUGAGAAUCAUAUUUGGCAAUAUACAAAUAAACAUUCGUUUGCCAUUUAUCCAUAUUAUCGGAUGAAAUAUUUGUUUGGUAAAGAUCAGCGAAUCUAUUUGGUGAAUGGUAAUGCUACAACAGCAGAAGUUCGAUUGCCAAAUCUUUGGAAAGAUGGAACUUUUCAGACAAGUGUUUCAAAUGACCCGUCAUUGCAAAAUAUUCAUCUAGCUGCGCAAAAAAGUGAUUAUAACAGACCAUUUAUUGUUGUCCAUAUGGUGGAUAAAUUGAAGCAUCGUGUAAUGCUUCAAGAUAUAAAUGAAGAAAGAGUUUUUGAUUUUAGUUCCUUGACAGAAGAUUUGUCCGAAAAUGCUAAUAUCGUUCCAAUUUGGAGUACUGAUACUCAAAGCGAUACCUCUGCAGGCCAAAGUCAUCUGAAUUAUUUAAUGUUAGCAAUGCAAAAUAAGAAAACGUUGGUAUAUACGUCAUUUCUUCUGAAAGAAAAACCUUUGGGACAAUUGUGUUUCCAUGUAAAGAGUUACAAUACACGUAUCCGUCUACAACAUUCCGAUGAUAAUGAAGAUUGUGGCUCAACAUUUGAAAUGUUUUCUAGUAUUCGUUUUGGAUUCAUAGUGGAUAACUACGUGUUUCUGAUUUCAUCGAAUAAUUCAAAUGCAUACUUCUUUGAUGUAUCGGUAUUUUUCAACAGAAAUCUGGAGAAACAAUUCGCAACAAAACCAUCAGCUCAACUUUUCAUUUGUGGACAAGUUCCAGAUCAAGCCGAAGAAUACGUUACGACACCGCCGCAGAUUGAUAGUGAUCAGAAAAGAAUAACGAAACCGAAUAUUGCCAUAAUACCAGAAGGGCAAAGUGAAGGAAAAAGUUCUAUAUUAAUGAUUUUGGGCAUAUUAUCAGCUAUCACGAUUUUGGUUGUAAUAGGCGUUGUAAUUUAUGGAUCGUUUUGGUUAUAUCCAAAACAAAAACUUAAAAAGCAGCAACAAACUACUUCAACAAUUCAAGAUAGUACUGAUGCACCAUUGAGCAGUCAAUUAUCUAGUGAUUCAUCGAUGGAAACGCCAACAACAAUGACACAGAAAUCAAAAUUUGGUGCAUCAACUGGCCGAACAUUGACAUCGAAAAGUAGCAUAUCGUCAGAAAAGCGACAAUCGCUGAUUGCCAAAUCAAAAGCAUCAUCAUUAGGACGAAAAAGUUCUUCAUCACCUAGCAAAAGAAAUAUGAGAUCAAUGUCCAGCGGAUAAAGCGACAUUUGAAAAGAAUGUAAAUUCAUUUUUUUUAAAAAUGAAAUUAAUUUAUUGAAUGAUUUUGAAAAGAAAAUGAUUUUAAAACUGUUGAAAUGAAUUAAAGUUGUUUUUUGUUGCGCAUUCAUAAUUUAUUUCUUCUUUUCUGUUUGUAGGCAAUUUUUCGUUAAACUUUCAACAGUCCAUAUAUUUUCAGUAGGAUUCAUCGUUAUACUGGAUGAUUCAUCUGUAAUAAUAUUUUCGACUUCAUCAUCAAUUGUACGAUUUUGGCAUCGUUUUUGUGUAGGAUUUGUUGGUUUACUUAAAUGAUAAUGAAAAGCGCAUACUAUCAAUAUAGCCAUCUGUAUCAUCAUCAUUAUGGUGAUGAUUUGAUUCAUAUGAUUAUAUUCAUUCUCGUCAUCAUCAUCAUCAAUCGUUUUAUUACGGGAUUGUAAUCCAUUUUUAUGAGCUAAUAAUACAGACAUGUUA